UUAAUUACAGCCGAAUCCCUUAAAAUAAGUCGGUUAGGUUUUCUUUUGUGUGACGACGUCGCUUUUCGAGUUUAAACUAGGUUCUUCCUUGGUUCCUUCCUCCCCUUGCAGUCUCUUUUGCAGAAGCUGCUGCGAGGAUAAUUGCUCUUCAAAGUUGAAGUGUGCGACGGCAAGAGUCGCCAUGGAGAACGGAGAUAUCCCAGAGAACGCUAACGAGCAUUGCCCAGGUCCCCAGUCUGAGGCUGCAGGAAAAUCCGACGCAUGCGAAGGUUGCCCCAAUCAACAAGUUUGUGCCACUGCUCCAAAAGGACCCGACCCAGAUCUGGUAUCCAUCGCAGAUAGAAUGGCCACUGUGAAGCAUAAAAUAUUGGUUCUAUCGGGAAAGGGAGGAGUGGGCAAGAGCACGUUCUCUGCCCAGCUGGCAUUUGCUUUAGCAGCAAUGGAUUUUCAGGUAGGUCUUCUUGACAUUGAUAUUUGUGGUCCAAGCAUUCCAAAGAUGCUAGGCCUAGAAGGGCAAGAGAUACAUCAGAGCAACCUUGGUUGGUCUCCUGUCUAUGUGGAGUCCAACUUAGGAGUCAUGUCAAUUGGGUUUAUGCUUCCUCACCCCGAUGAAGCUGUCAUAUGGAGGGGUCCACGCAAAAAUGGGCUUAUCAAGCAGUUUCUGAAGGACGUUUAUUGGGGGGAACUUGAUUUUCUUGUUGUUGAUGCUCCGCCUGGUACCUCAGAUGAGCAUAUUUCAAUUGUCCAGUGCCUUGAUGCCACUGGAAUAGAUGGUUCAAUCAUAGUUACCACACCCCAACAAGUCUCCUUGAUUGAUGUGAGGAAGGAGGUGAGUUUUUGCAAGAAAGUUGGAGUGAAAGUUCUUGGGGUCGUAGAGAACAUGAGUGGUCUUUGCCAACCUAUCACAGAUUUCAAGUUUAUGACAAUGACGGGCACAGGCGAGCAGAAAGAUGUCACAAGUUGGGCUUUGCAGUAUUUGAGAGAAAAAGCACCAGAAAUACUAGAAUUGAUUGCUUGCAGUGAAGUUUUUGACAGUAGCGGUGGUGGAGCAGCAAAGAUGUGCAAUGAAAUGGGGGUAUCUUUUCUUGGUAAGGUUCCAUUGGAUCCACAGCUCUGCAAGGCAGCUGAAGAAGGUAGAUCAUGCUUUGCUGAUAAAACUUGUGGUGUGAGCGCUCCUGCAUUGAAGAAGAUUAUAGAGAAGUUGAUGGAAAAUCAGGACUUAUCAACGCCUCCUAAUGGUGUUGCAUAGGGGAUUCACUUUGACAAGUCGUGAAUAUAAAAAAUAAAUACAUAAUUCUAUGUAUUUGUGCGCCCUUUAAUGUUAGCGGUACUGAUGCUGGUAUGAUAUGAUGAAGAGGACUUUGUAUAUGACGAGAUUGGGCUUCUUGGACUUCAUUUAUUUUUUCUCCAUGUAAAGAAGCCCAUUAAGCUGUGUACCAUUUUACCUAUGUUUUAAUAAGUCUGUCUUCUUAAAAAAAAAAAAA